AUGUUGCUGAAGAAACCGCGGCAAGUGUAAACCGUUAGUUGUAAAUUGUUUACUUUUUUGUGAGAGGCGUUAUUUAUUUUAACUUUGAAAUCGACACUAGGCAUGCAUCCUGCAAGUUCUGCAAAACCUCGAUAAACUGUUUACCACGUGUAAUUAUUUGCCGGCUUGAUAACUGACUUCAGUGACGUGGUAUAUUUUUGCAAACGAGUCAGUGUUUAGUUAUAUCUCAUCGUAGAAUUGACGGCUAACAACACUGAGACAGAUGUAUAUGUGAAACGUAAGAUAGGAAAAUUAAUAAUUCAUGUGCUGUUACGUAUAUUUUGUGUCAGUGUUGCUGCGUCUCUCAUUCACCACCUUUUUUCACACAAACACGAAAAACCAUGCCCAUAAGAAUUGAAAUGUUAAGGUUAAUGAGUUGGCAGAGGUAACCGCUAACGUGCAAGUUCCUUGACCCCUACCAUACCAGGGUAAUAUUAUGUACAGCCAGACUUGUCAUUUCAGUGCACAACUGUCAAAACGGUCUCAAUUCUAGACAUUAUAAUAUCUAAAACACCUGUAGUGUCCAUCCAGGAAAUACUGAUAUCGAACUACUAGAUAGAUUAUACAGGACAUUUCUCGUCAGAAACUACACAGACUGUCGAAAUAACAUUUUUAUAAUUGUCAGGGAUAAAAUUUAUGUACUAAUAUGUAAACACUCAUACGUUCACUAGAGGCUUUGUAGGCUGCCCUAUGUUAAUUGCUGCAAGUGGUCUUUGUAUUACGCAUUUUUAAUAAUAACUGCAUGAAAUCAAACAAGUGGCCAAACCGUCAAUGCAUUUGUGCUACCCAAAUAAUUGCUAUAAGAGUGCAAAAAUAUUGUGGUCAUCUAAGAGGAUAACAUUACAAGGAGUGUCAGUGCAUGCUAAAGAACUCUAUGGUGUAUGCAUUACCUUUUAGUAUGACCACUUUACUUUAGCAAAAUAUGUUAGUGAGUAGUUGCCUAAGAUUUAGAUAACUGCAAGCAAACUCUGUGAUCAGCAUUUUAAGUAUAAGUACUUCGUUGUACUACUUCUGAAUACACAUGCAAUGAAGCUGCAUUGCACCAAAGGAAAUUAAUCUAGCACAUUCACAUGUGAACACAUUAGUUGGGGUAACCCAUUGUGGAAUUGAACUGACCUAUAUAAUACAAAAGCUGAAAGUGUUGACGAAAAUCACUUAUACCAUAGUUAAAAAAGCAUAUAAAGUAAUGAAAACUUUGGCAUUUGCAAUAUUGUCUGCCACAACUUAGAACCUUUUAUGUUAACCUUUUGCCAAACUAGUUGCAUAAAAUGACUGAAGGCCACUGAUAUAUUCAUUCCACUUGCUCGUUUCUUCAUUUGAACUAUGUGUAACAUAAGCCCCAUCAUGAAUCUAGGUCUUUGGGGCCGUGAAACAAGUUCCACUACAUAAAUAUCUUCUCAUACACAACUGUUGUUAGCUGAACAGGUGAAACAACUGCUUGAAACUAAGAAACUGUUGUAAAGCAAUGAGACCACAAUGAACACACAGUCUGGUGCUGAAGUUUAAUUAGUAGAUGCCAGUGUUUACAUGGGACAGCUCAGAAGUGCCUCCAACUGCAACACCAUCCUGACACAUUAACUUGUCUCAUCAGUAGAGAGAAAGCUCAUUUUUUUUCUGUGGGCUCAAAGGAGGCUACAGUCAUUCACUUCAUCAUCGUUACAUUAUGUUAUAAAGCUGACAUCCAAUAUUGGUAGGCUCAGUUGACCCAUACCUUCACAGUCAAGUAUUGUGGCAUUACCUGUAGCACUUGCCUAUUAUAGUUCCUUGAUUGGUUAGUGAACAUUGACUUUGUUACUCCACCUUUGAAAACUUAAUGGAGCCUGCAAGUAGUGCACCAUUUGCAUAUUAGGCUGACAGAGCUUACAAGUCAGGCCAAUUCCUAGGUACUGCACAAAAGCUAUAGUGUGCUGUUUAUUUCUGCCUGAUCACAGCUCAUGACUGUACAGUGUAAGGUUAAAAUUAAAUCAAAUUAGUCUCUCUUUGUUUUUCAAAACUGUUGUGCCUGCCCCCCUCCCCCCUGCACACACAAGUGGCUCAGUUAUGUAGCAGUUAUGUGUGGGGCCUUUAAGAAUCAUGAGUGAAAAGCUGUUGCUGGAAAAAUUGAUCAACAGAAGGAAUCACAUAUGAAGAUGGAGGUGGUCUUCCUCACAGUUGAGAGCUUCCAGUGCCAUGACAGCAAAUCAUGUUACGUAACAGGGGGAAACGUACACUUAAAGGUGUGAAAGAACUGGAUGCAUUUCCCAAGAUCCCAGAGACCUAUGUUGAAACAUCACCAGUGGGUGGUAUAUUGUCCUUGCUGACUCUUGUUAUCAUAAUAAUUCUUAUAUAUGCUGAAGUGUCAUAUUUUCUGAGCAGCCGCUUUGUAUUCAAGUUUGUACCUGAUACAGAUAUAGAUGCCAAGUUGAAAAUCAACAUAGAUCUCACUGUAGCAAUGCCUUGUGGUGCCAUAGGUGCUGAUAUUCUUGACUCUACUAACCAAAAUGUACUUCAGUUUGGUUUGCUUGAACAAGAAGAAACAUGGUUUGAACUUGAUCUUGAGCAGAGGAUGCAGUUUGAUAGUAUGCGACAGGUCAACUCCUACCUAAGAGAAGAAUUUCAUGCAUUACAAGAUCUGUUGUGGAGAUCAGGCCAAAACACAUUAUUUGCAGAGAUGCCUCAACGGAAUGUUCUCCCAUCAGGACCUCCAAAUGCAUGUAGAGUAUUCGGUAGCCUAGUGCUGAAUAAAGUAGCUGGCAAUUUCCAUAUUACUGCUGGCCGUUCACUUUCCUUACCUCGUGGGCAUGUUCACAUUUCAGCUUUUGUCUCGGAUGCUGCAUACAAUUUUUCUCACCGUAUUAAUCGUUUCUCAUUUGGGGAUCCCAGUCCCGGAAUAGUUCAUCCCCUGGAAGGAGAUGAAAAGAUCACUGAGCAGAAUAUGAUGCUUUAUCAAUAUUUUGUGGAUGUUGUUCCCACUGAUGUAGACACUUUCCUCAGAAGGAUGACUACAUAUCAGUAUUCUGUUAAAGACCAUGAGAGACCAAUCAAUCACAUGCAAGGUUCUCAUGGUAUUCCAGGAAUCUUCUUCAAAUAUGAUAUGAGUGCACUUAAAGUGAAAGUUAUUCAAGAGAGAGAUACGUUUGGACAGUUCAUUGUUCGACUUUGUGCGUCUGUUGGUGGCAUUUAUACAACUUCUGGUAUCAUAAACAGUGUUGUACAACUGCUGAUAGAAUACCUUGCAAGCAAAUUGUGGAAGAAGACAAACACGAAAAGUGAUACAUUAGAACAUAAAUUAGUGCAGGAGGAAAUAAGAACUACAACCACCUCAUCUCUUUUACUUCCAAAUAGUGUGCCGCACAUUAAAAGUCAGCAAGUCAUGAGUGAGGUGCCUUUGCUUGUAACAGAUAAUGGGACAAAUGCAGAACUACCAUACAGCACUUCCCAUGUAUCAUAACACUGUGACGCAAGCUUGUGGUGUUAAAAGAUUUGUUAUGAGUGAUUCAGAGAUACUGUUUCACUGGCUGGUUCUGUGAUCUGAUAGCUAUACGUGUGAAGUUGCCUUAGAAUUUGUAUCAGCUUGUGGCAGUUGUCAGUUUAGUUUGCUGUAUAAUAACACAAUGAAGGAAACUCAGGUCAGAAAUCAGUGCCAUGACGCAAAGUAAUUAAGAUCACAUCUGCCAAUGGCAUUUGUCUGAGGGAUGCUAUUUCACAACAGCAAAUGCGUGAUUGAGAGAUACGAUAAAACAUGAAAACUUAGUUAUCUCUUCGUCUUAACAAAAAUGACUUGCUUGCGCGCUCUCUCUCUCUCUCUCUCUCUCU